AUGCGAGGGGCGGAGGAGGUGGCAGCCUUGGCGGCUGGCACCGCCCUGCAGCGCCUGAUCCAGGAGCGGCUGAGGUAUGGCAGCCCCAGCGAGAACAUGAACCUGCUGGCCAUACAGCACCAGGCGACGGGCAGCGCCGGCCCCUCCAACAGCACUGCCAGCACUCUCUCUUCCGCAGAAAUUUUUUCAGGGCGGCAGGAACCGCAGGGGCAGGAGCACCAAGGGGACGGUGCUGCGAUGGAGAAGCAGCCCCGGGCUCCGCAGCCCCCGCACGGCACCGAGGAGCUCCCCACCUACGAGGAGCCCAAGGCCCAGUCUCAGUUUUUCCGAGGCCAACCGCCGGCAGAUGUCUUCUACGGCGAGCAGCCUGUGCAGGAUGUCCUCAAGGCCACCUACACCACCCCGCAGCCCGCCCGGACGGAGGUGGCCCUCGUCCGCUACCAGCCGCCCCCAGAGUACGGGGUCAGCAGCCGACAAUGCCCGCCGCCCUUCCCGCCACCGCCGGCCCAGCAUCCGCUGCCGGCCCCCGCCGCUGCCCAGCCGCCAACGCCGCUGGGCCAGCAGCUGACGCCUGAUGCCUUCGCCAUCGUGGAGCGGGCGCAGCAGAUGGUGGAGAUGCUCUCUGAGGAGAACCACGUGCUGCGGCAGGAGCUGGAGGGGUACUACGAGAAGGCAGACAAGCUGCAGAAGUUUGAAAUAGAGAUUCAGAGGAUUUCAGAAGCUUAUGAGGGCCUGGUCAAGACCACCACUAAGAGGGAGUCUCUGGACAAAGCGAUGAGAAACAAACUCGAAGGAGAAAUUAGGAGACUUCAUGACUUCAACAGGGAUCUCCGUGAACGGCUGGAGACAGCCAAUAGGCAGCUUGCCAGCAGAGACCUCGAUGGGCAGGAGGAGAAGUCAACAGAGGGCCUUUAUGCCACUCAGAACAAAGAGCACUUGAAGGAGAAGGAGAAAUUGGAGAUGGAGCUGGCAGCUGUGCGCUCUGCCAAUGAGGACCAGCGGAGGCACAUUGAAAUCCUCGACCAGGCCCUAAACAAUGCACAAGCCAAGGUCAUCAAACUGGAAGAGGAGCUGCGCAGGAAGCAGGCCUACGUGGAGAGGGUGGAGAAGCGGCAGCAGGCGCUGACACAGCUGCAGGCAGCCUGCGAGAAGAGGGAGCAGAUGGAGCGGCGGCUACGCACACGCUUGGAGCGGGAGCUGGACUCGCUGCGGAUGCAGCAGAGGCAGGGCAGCUACCAGGUGAGCAGCCUUCCGGAGCACAAUGCCCCGGCCCUGAUGGAGCUGGUGCGGGAGAAGGAGGAGAGGAUCCUGGCCCUGGAAGCUGACAUGACCAAGUGGGAGCAGAAAUACCUGGAGGAGAGUACGAUCAGGCACUUUGCCUUGAAUGCCGCAGCCACAGCUGCAACGGAGAGGGACACCUCGGCCUCAAGCCACUCACGCAACGGCAGCUACGGCGAGAGCGCUCUGGAGGUGCGGGGCUGGCAGGAGGAAGAGGAGAUUGUGCAAGCCAACCGGCGCUGCCAGGACAUGGAGUACACAAUAAAGAAUCUCCAUGCAAAAAUAAUUGAGAAGGAUGCCAUGAUCAAGGUCCUUCAGCAACGGUCACGGAAGGACCCUGGGAAAGCCGACAGCACCAGCCUGCGACCGGCUCGGUCCGUCCCCUCCAUUGCUGCUGCUGCAGGCGCGCAUUCGCGCCAGACCUCACUCACCAGCAACCAGAUAGCUGAGGAGAAGAAGGAGGAGAAGAUCUGGAAGGGAAGCAUAGGACUGCUCUUAGGGAAGGAGCACCACGACCACCCGUCAGGCCCCUCGCUGCCCCCUCCGCUGCCCUCCUUGUCCUGCAUGCCUGUCCCGAUGCCAGCGGCCUCUCACGCAAAAACGGGCAGCAAAGACAGCAGCACUCAGACAGACAAAAGCGCCGAGCUCUUCUGGCCCGCCACGGCCUCAUUCCCUGGCCGCGGACGGCUGGGCACCACCCCGGCCCACAGCCCGGCCCCGCGGCCCCCGGGCACACGAGUGGCUGGCGAGAAACUGGAGAACUCAAGCCACGGGAAGCUGCCCGACAGCAAAGGCAGAGUGAGCAGCUUGCUUCACAAGCCCGAGUUUCCAGAUACGGACAUGAUGGAAGUCCUCAUCUGAGCAGAGGAUGGUAUCUCUGGGAUUU